AUGUCGUUGUGUAGAGCGUGCCAGGAACCGCUCGUCAUUCAGCUCAACGACGAUGCUAAUGACGAAACCGUCGAGGAUGCCAAGACGGUCCCUGACGACCUGGAGCUACGCUGCCAAUGUCACUUCCACUGGGAAUGUCUGAUGGAAGAAGCAUCCUCGGUUGCUUCGACCCUCAAGUGCCCCUGCUGCGAAAGCUACCUCGCCACAAACAAAGCAGGAGCAUCCGCCGCCAACCAGCCGCGCGAGAGCUCGGACAGCGCCGUUAUUCUUGCCCAGUAUAGCAAUGAGGGUGGUAUUCAGAGGGACAUCAACCUUAUGGAUUCACUCACCGAGGAAGCCUACCUUCAAGCCCAUCCUGAAGCUCGCCCUGCGAGAGCAUUCCACGUCAUGUGUUCAGAAGGUGAUAUUGCAGGCAUGAUUGACCUAUUACGGGACGAAAGCGAGCAAGGGGCCGAUGUCGGCAGCAUCGUUCGUUACCAGGAUCCCUUGGCCAAUAUGAAGAGCGGCCUUCAUUUAUCUGUCGAGAAGCAGCAAGAGGAGAUUGUCUGGACCCUUUUGUGGUUGUCUUCGACCUUGGCCACAGAGUCUUUUCCAGACCUGGUUCGGCACGCGGCGGAAGAAUUCGGGCUAGGCCGCUUGAGCGUUCAGGCCAACGAAGACAUUCGGGGUUUAAGAGACUGCCACGGCCGUACCGCGGAGACGAUAGCCAAGCAGGAUCCAGGGGUUUUGUCGGUCCUCCUUGAAGGGGGGGCGUUGACUCCUUGA